CAGUGUUUGGCAGGCAGCUCCCAUUGAGGCGGGAAAGGUUCGGAAGUGCUUGUGUUUGUAAACAGCUCCCUUCUCCAUGAGAGCAGAGGCACCAGAGUUCAGAUCGGGGGGGAGCUGUUUGAUGGACUGGGCAGGAGAGCACAGACCUUCCUCAGGUUGACUCCUCACUGCACUGUGAAAACCAUUAGGAAAAAGUCCUUGGGGUUAAAACCUGGGGCUCCACAGUUACCUGAACUUGUGUCUAGAAAUUAAUUUAAAUGUCGACUGAUCUGUCUGAAGCUGAACCCGUGCAUCAUAAGGCGCUUCCACUCUUAACGGGAGCUCAGCUGAUCCACACGGACAAGUUAAGUGAGAAAGUGGAAGACGACACAAUGCCAAUCCGCCGCUCGGUGAACGCUUCUUCCCGAGAAACUCCUCCCAAAAGCAAACCUGCCGAAGGGGAAGAGGUCAAAGCAGAUGCAGAAAUCACCUCUGAGGAAUCUGCCUCUGUUGGAGAGGAGCAAGAGACUGAAACCCUGCCUGCUGCAUCCAGUGAAGCAGAACAGCCAAAGGAACCUGAGAAUGAAGGGAAGGAGGAAACAAAGUCCUCAGAAGAAACCAAAAAGGACGAGAAGGAUCAGACUAAGGAGAAGGAGAAGAAGGUGAAGAAGACCAUCCCUGCGUGGGCCACGCUCUCUGCCAGCCAGCUGGCCCGGGCACAGAAGCAGACUCAGAUGGCAGCCACCUCCCGGCCCAAAAUGGAUGCGAUUUUAACCGAGGCCAUCAAGGCCUGCUUUCAGAAGAGCGGCGCCUCGGUCGUUGCAAUACGGAAAUACAUCAUCCACAAAUACCCUUCCCUGGAGCUGGAGAGGAGGGGAUACCUCCUGAAGCAAGCACUGAAAAGGGAGCUGGAGAGGGGAAUCAUUAGGCAGGUGAAAGGAAAGGGAGCUUCUGGGAGCUUUGUGGUGGUGUCUAAUGCAGGCAAAACUGUUCCAAAAGCCAGAGACAGAAAGAAAAGCACUUCGGCCCCGAGCGCAGAGCAGCAGGUGAAGCUGGAGGACGUCCUGCCACUGGCCUUCACCCGCCUGUGUGAGCCCAAGGAAGCUUCUUACAGCCUGAUCAAGAAAUACGUGUCUCAGUAUUACCCCAAACUCAAAGUAGAUAUAAGACCCCAGCUGCUGAAGAACGCCCUGCAGAGAGCUGUAGAGAAGGGCCAGUUAGAGCAGAUCACAGGGAAGGGAGCAUCUGGGACAUUCCAGCUGAAGAAAUCAGGGGAGAAGCCCCUGCUGGGUGGGACUCUGAUGGAAGAUGCCAUCCUGUCUGCUAUUGCGGCCAUGAACGAACCGAAGACCUGCUCCACCACAGCGCUGAAGAAGUAUAUCCUGGAAAAUUACCCAGGGACCAACUCCAACUUGCAGGUGCACCUACUGAAGAGAACCCUGCAGAAAUGUGAGAAGAAUGGCUGGAUGGAGCAAAUCUCUGGGAAGGGCUUCAGUGGAACCUUUCAGCUUUGCUUCCCUUAUUAUCCCAGCCCAGAUGUGCUCUAUCCAGAGAAGCAACAGGAUGAGGAUUCUGAGGAGUCUGAUGAGGAAGAAGAGGAGGAAUCUGAGGAGGAAGAAGAAUCUGAAGAGGAAGAGUCUGAGGAGGAAGAGCCACCACCAAAGAAGAGGAUGCAGAAGAGACCACCCCCCAAAUCCCGGAGCAGGGCCCCUCCGAUGAAGCGAAGAGAGUCCAAACCCAAGCCAAGGAAAACCCCCACUGCCCGCCGGGGCAAAGCAAAGCCCCCUCCCAAGGUCAAAACCCCUGCUAAGAAAGCCAAACCAGCAGCCCCAGCCAUCAAGAAAGCCUCCAGUGGCAGCUCUUCCAAGAAACCAGCAGCCAGUGGGAGGAAGGAAGUGAAACCCUCUGCCAAGGGCAAAUCCACCAUGAGGAAAUCUCUCCGGGCAAAAAAGUAAAACGUUUCCAAUGUCAGGGAAUCCCAUGGUCAAAUCCACAAUCUUGUUUUAUAAGUCAAUGUGCAUUUGUAUUUUAGUUCUGAUGCUUAAACACUUCUUUAAUUUUUUUUUAAUUUUUUUCUCUUGAAUGAUGGGGAAAAGCUGAAAACUAAAUCAAACCAACCCGAGCAUUCGUUAGAUCUCGAUGCUGUGCCUCGUGCCUGCCCCUCCCCUGGAACGAGUCAUCUUUACUUUCUGCAAUAAUUUUAGGACUUUUCUAGGACGUCUCUAAUCUGUACAUUUAUGGUAUUCCACGUGGGUUUCGGGGGGGGAGGGUUGGCUUUUAAAACAAUUCUUCAGAGAAGAUCUUUAUACCUUUAGACAGCAGGAACAGGAUGAUCAGGGGAAUGUGAUUCUUUACUGAGAAGGUGCCGUGGCAGUGGAGUCCUCCCUAGAUCCCUGCGUGCUGAGCUCCUUGGUGCUCCCGUGAGGGAGCUGUGUACAGACAGCACUUGCACUGAGCCCUGAGGUGCUGCUCUCCUCAGCCACAGGCCCAGGGCUGGCUGCUGAGUCGGAUCCUUGGUGUCUCCUGAGGGUCUGGUGCCAGAGGGGCUCCAAAAGGGGCAGCUCUCGGUUAGGCGGGUGAUUUGAAUUAGUGUUUCCACACCACAUCUGUUACCUUAAAACCAAAAUAUAUCAAAGUCUUCUUGAAUCCAACUUUCAAAUGUUUUUAAGAGAUGAAAAGCCUGAGUUUGUCACCUCUUGUUUACCCUUUUUUAAAGAGAAGUUGGAGAGCUAUACAAUUGCUAAUGUAGAGAUGUUGAUAAGUGAAGAACAUGCGGUUUGCUAAAAUAAAAUGAAACUAGAUUCCA